AUGUCGGGCGGGCGGCUGGCGGGAUCCGAGGCGAGCAAGACCGAUCGUGGCCUCGGGGCACUUCCACCGGAGCUCGUGCUUGGCAUAGCAGUGUACCUCCCCGCGCAGGCCUACCUUGCCCUCGCCUGCACCUCCUCCCGCAUGCAUCGUUUUCUUCUCGCCGACGCCUUUGCCGCAGACAAGGCCGCCGCCCGGACAGGUCUCGCCGCUUGCAUCCACCACGCCCGCUGGCGUGCAGCCGCCAUGGCGCUCGCCGUCACUCGCCCGGACGACCGCAACAUGCUUUGGGCCCAGGUGCCAUCUCCGCUCGCUGGCCUGUUUGAUCUCGACCCGCCGCCGCUGGGCGACUCGGAGUGGCUGGCCCUAGUCGAGGCGCUGGCUCGGGUAGGCGCACUCACUCACACUGGCGAUGGUGUUCCGUGCUGGCCGAUGGCGGCGAGUGCGGUGCUGAGCGGCUUGCCGGACGUUGCCAAAGCUGUCUUUCAUGUCUCGGAUGGCGUCGGGCGGGCUGCGAUGGUGCGGGCGGUGGCAAUGGUGGCCAACGAGGCGCUCGUCGAGUGGCUCCUCCUCCAUGAUGACGGCGAGCUUGCACUGGGCAUCGAUCAGGGCGUGCUGCUACGGAGAUGUGCUCUGCUUGGAAAGGAUCGGGCAGUAGCGGGGCUGCUGGCCUGUGGGCGGGUCGAUCCGGCCGCCAAGGACUCUGCAGCUGUCAGCCACGCCGCAGAGAACGGCCACCUCGACAUUGUCCGCAUGCUCUGUGACGAUCCACGGACCGAUCCGUCGGCCAGAAACAACAUCGCGCUGUACUGGGCUGCCACCAAUCGCCACUUUGACAUUGUCAACGAGCUCAUCCUCCAUCCGCAAGUCGACCCGAGCUCGCGGCGCAACCGGACGCUGCGAAUUGCUGUCGCCGCCGGUGCCGUCGAGACUGUCGCGCUGCUCUUGGCCGAUCCGCGGGUCGAUCCGACCGAGUGUGAAGCGCUCCGCGUAGCCUGUCGCACUGGUAGCAUGGCUGUGACCAACGCUCUCCUCGCCCAUCCACUCACCGAUCCGAACAUCGCUCUUCUCGAUGCAGUCAUGGCGCGCCAGACCGACUUUCUCGCCGCGCUCCUUGCCCAUCCACAAGCCGAUGCCAGCAUGACCCAGCCGACUCUGCCUGCGCUCUUCGCCGAGGUGCUGGGACCGCUGGUGGCUGCUGGCGGGAGCGGGGUGGAGCCCGAGGCGGCGGUGGCGGCCAUUCUGGGCGAUCCGAACCUGAGCCGACACGUCGAUGCUGCAGCGGAGCGGCUGGAGACAGCAGGCGAGGCGCUGGUCGAGGCUGCGCGGGCCUGUGUCCCGCUGCGGUCGGCAUGGACAGGCUUUUGGGCGAGUCUGGCUCCAGAAUCACGGGCCGCCUUCUGUCGAGCCGCCUGGGAUCUUCACGUCGAAGGCUCGGCUCUGGCGGCAGCGCUGGCCAUGCUGGCUCCCGGGCUAGACGCAGCAGGGCUGGCAUCGGUCACCACUUCGCCUGCUUUGGUAGCGGCGGCGGGAUCUGGAUCCGAAGACGAUCUGCUGGUGGCGGCGUUUGGAGCCGAGCCGGCGUCCGAGGUGCUCCCAGCACUGGCGGCGUAUCGCGUCUUCCUCGUCCGCCUCUUUGCCGUCUCGCUCAUCAACGUCACGCUCGGACUGGACGAGCACCCGAUGGACGGGCUGCUGUCUGCCGCCGAUGCUGCGGCGCGCGUGGAGCUGUUCCAGGCGUCGCUGGCUCCGGGUGCGGAUGCCGCUCGCGGAGUGGGAGCAGGAACGGGAGCGGGAGCUAUGCCGCCGCCGUCGUCGUCGUCCUCGACCGCGUUGUGGCUUUUCAAGCCGAUAGUCACUUUUGUGACGGUGUUUGUGGUGAUGGCAGCGGUGGUGGCGGCGGUCACGGAUCGGCCCGAGAUGAGCGGCGGCGGCGGAGCAGUGCACUCGCUCAACUAUGCGGCAGAGUGA